AAAUACUUCAACGACUUUUCGCUCUUGGCCAAGCAAAUGGACUGGAACUACUACUAUUAUACGUCGUUCGACAUGGCGUUCAAUGCGAACGAGACGGACACUGACAACGUCGAGCAGCACUUUGGCCUCUUCUACGCCAACGGCACCAUGAAGCCGUGCUACGCCAACCUCACGGUCUCGGGCACGUCGACAGUGGUGACCAAGGCGCCGUCGCAGCUAGCGACUGUGACGCCCGCGCCCAAAGCCACGUCGGCUGACAAGACGGAUAACGCGACCAGCACCAUCAAGCCGAUCAUUGCGACCACGUCGCCGGCCGCGACCGCCAAGUCGGCCACGGCGGGUGCCGCGCUGACGGGCGUCGUCUCGAUGGCCAUCGCGUCAAUCGGCAUGCUGGUGUUGUAA